UUUUCUGAUAAUUAAAAUAAUAAACAUUAAUUGUAAACAAUUUGCAAGACAUAGAAAAAAAGAGAAGAAAAAUAGUACCCAUAAUCCUGUCACCCAGUAGUAACAUUGUGGAAUACUUGCUGGUGUUUUGUUUUUAUGCAUAUAUUUUCUCUCAUGUGAAUAACAAAAGAGUGAUGUGGAAAAAUGACAGGCAUACAUGGUUUGAUAUGUGGUUGAUGCCUAUCAAAGUAUAUAAAACCCAGUAAUCCUAAAAGGAAUCUAAUGGGGUAGGUAGUGGAGAGGGUGAGGCCUUUAGCCAUAGCUCUUUCUACUUUUUAAUUUAAUUUUUCUUUUCUUCUGUAAAAUAAAUAUGAUUAUUGCCUCAAAUGAUAAGAAGAUUAACUGAAUUAGUGUUUUUAAAGCACGAAUAAUCUGGUACAUACCAUGUGCCCAGUAAAUGUAAGUUUCAGUUCUAUGGGUAAAAAUGUAAUAAUUACUGCCAGGCACUGUUCUGAUUGCUUUAUACAUAUUAAUUCAUUCAAGCCUCACAUCUACCCUUUGAUGAAGGUGCUAUUAGUAUUCUUAUUUUAUAGAGAAGGAAACAGGCACAAGAGGUUAAGGGACCUGCUCAAAGUCAAACACCUUCCUAGGUGACAGAGCCAGAACAGCACCCCAAGCUGCUGGCUCCGGAAUCCACAUCAUCCAUAUACAUUACACAGCCUGCUGCUUGUCGGAGUUGUCUUAAGAUCUAGGCUCUGCGUGCUUGUAGCUAGGGGCACACCGCUUCCAUGAAGAUAUCAUCUGUUCAGCUGUAAAGCCCUUGUGAGAGCCCUUGGUUUUCUUAUGCACUUGUCCUGGGCUACUAGCUGUGUCAAAGGGCUCCAUGGGUAGAGAGACUGAUGUCAGCAGUAAACUGAAGCAGAUUAAUAUUUAUUAGGUAGGUUAAAAGAUUUGGCAGGUCAUUUGGCUUUUUCUCCUAUCCACCCUUUCCUCGUCUUUCUGCAAGGUUGACACAGAGGUCAUUGGCUAAGAUCUAGAGAUAAUCAAGCUUAUGGUUUCAGAAAGAGUCAAAAACAUGCUGAAUGUUACUGGGGUAUAUUGAACACCUGGAUUUGUUUGGCAAGUUUCAGGGGGAAAUCAAGUGAAAAAAAGCAGCAGCCAGAGCAGGAGGUGCAAAUGGACAGAGGUUUGAGACAUACAAAGUGCAUCUCUGCAGAGCUGAAGGGUUAUGUGUGGCCCUCCUGUAAUAAAACCAGCUGCAGACCAGGGUAGGUGAGCAGAAAGACAGGAGGAGGCUUUAAGUACAAAUGAAUGUCAUGCCUAUGACUAAAACACUAGAUAGGAUACAGGCCUGAGGGCAUGCAGAGGGAGCUUCCUAGAUGGUAAAUAAUGACUUAAAAAGCAAAAAAAGAUGAGUAAUGAAAGGACAAGACCCAGAAGGUUAAGACUUAAAUGUGUAGGUUACAAAAGGUCAGUAACAGGAACAAGGGGGCCUUUAAAAGAAAGGGCAAUUCAUUGAGAAUGUCUGUGAAAUGGCUGAUCAAUGGUCAGUCAUCAGAAAAUGAAGAGCACCUAUGUUUGGCUAAGAACAGAAAUCUGUGCCUGAGGGCAUCACUUCUUAAAAUCGUCAGACACUGAAAAAGCCUCUAAUCUAAGGUCUUUUCAGCCUUCAGCCUCCUGGAGACUCAAGAGAAAAAGUGCUGAGAAACCUACAACUAUGACAUUAGAGACCUUCGAACCCAAGAGAAGGGGGAUGACAGGAUAGAGAUCCAAUAGUAAGGCUCAAUUCAUGGAUGAAGGACACAGAGUAGAAGAAAAACUUGAAAACCAAGAACAUGGCUUUAAGUAAGACAAAUUGCCACAUAAAUGAGUGUACACACCCAGCAUAAAUCAAAAGGAAUUUCUCUAAAGGAUUCUGAGGACAAACUUAGCCCUGUAUAAAUGCAUCCUGUCUACUUAAUCACAAAAAGCAUUCUGAUUGCCUCCAAACAUAAGGCAACAAAAUUGCACUGAGCCAUACCAGCUGUUUGUCCAAGGGGCUCGGCCACAGUCUCCCAACUCUCAACUUUUCUUGUCUGCCCCAAGAAAGCCUGCCACUAAUGAGAAGGAUCAAAAUUAGGGCCAGAUUCUAUUUUCAGGAAGAAAUCAACUCAGAGACUGAUCUAGAAAGUAACUGGAAGAAAAGAAGAUCCCACAUUUCCCAAAAUGGAUAUUAUGAACAGUUUAAUGCCCUUAAGGAUUUAAUGACAUAGAACUUUGUUUCGGAUGCAUUACAAUUAUUUCCUUUACAGUUUCCUAUGAUUCAUUCAGCAAAUAUGCAUUGUGUGCCUACCAAGAGCCACUCACUGUGCUAGGCCUUGGGUGUGUAGAAGUGUCAAAAAACAAGGCUGAAGAAAAGCCAGAGGUGGACCCUGACCUGGCUGAGCUUAUGUCUUAACGAUGAAGCAGACAACGCACAAGUGAACAAUUUCAUGUGGUUAUAAGUGCAGUAAAGGGAAAGAUCGGGUGCCAGGAAAGAGUAUUUGCAUUAGAUAAGGCAGUCUCUGAGGAGGUGAUGUUCCAGUUAGGAGCAGAAACUAAGGAGUGGUCAGCCAAGUAAUGAAUUGGGAAGAAUAUUCCAGGCUUAGAGAACAGCAUGUGCAAAAAGCAAAGAGCUUGGCAAGUUUGGGGAACCUAAGGAAGGCCAGUGAGGUCAGGAUGCAGUAAGGGGAAGCGUUGAAGGAGGGGCAGGAGCCACCUCACCUGAGACCUCGCAGGCCAAGUAGGGGAACCUGGAUUUUAUCCAAAAUGCAUAGGGAAGCUACUGGAUUUCAUCAGGGAAUGACAUCAUCCAUUUACACUUUUUGAAAGGUGGUACUGGCUGCUGGGUAGACACUGGAUUGGAGGAGACAGAAGUGGAAGUGGGUGGCCAGUGAGGAAGCAUUCCCUCCUGGAUGGAACAUAACAAAAAAGGAGGAAAUGGCUGAUUCUAACAGACAAAACCAAGCACUUCCCUAAGAGAUGUGUGUGCAGAACCAGGCCAUGCAGAUACUAGUGCCUCUAACUUCAUCAGCCCAGAACACCUCUCCUCUGGCCCCCAGCACAGGAAAGCAGCGUGGUCAGGAGGGGUUAAACUUCGGCUGAAGCACAGGCGCAGUGAGCCUGCAGGCCGACCUCACUCGUGGCACACAACUAAGUCUGGGGAGAAGCAACCCGAUGCCAGCAUGAUGCAGAUAUCUCAGGGUAUGAUCGGCCCUCCUUGGCACCAAAGCUACCAUUCCAGCUCCUCUACUAGUGACCUCUCCAACUAUGACCAUGCCUAUCUAAGGCGGAGCCUUGACCAGUGCAGCUCUCAGGGGAGCAUGGAGAGCCUGGAGCCCAGUGGGGCAUACCCACCCUGUCAUCUUUCCCCUGCCAAGUCCACCGGCAGCAUUGACCAGCUCAGCCACUUCCAUAACAAGAGAGACUCGGCUUACAGCUCUUUCUCCACCAGUUCUAGCAUCCUGGAGUAUCCGCCCCCUAGCAUCUCUGCCCGGGAGCGUUCAAGCUCCAUGGACAAUACUUCUGCUCGAGGUGGCCUCCUUGAAGGGAUGAGGCAGGCAGAUAUUCGCUAUGUCAAGACAGUCUAUGACACCCGGAGGGGAGUCUCAGCAGAGUAUGAAGUGAACUCUUCAGCCCUGCUGCUUCCAGGUAGGGAGGCCCGAGCCUCAGCAGAUGGUCAGGGCUAUGAUAAAUGGUCUAAUAUUCCUCGGGGCAAGGGAGUGCCACCCCCAUCCUGGAGCCAGCAGUGCCCCAGUUCCUUGGAGACUGCCACGGACAACCUUCCUCCUAAGGUGGGUGCACCCCUGCCUCCAGCUCGGAGUGACAGUUAUGCAGCAUUUCGGCACCGUGAGCGGCCCAGCUCCUGGUCUAGCCUUGAUCAGAAACGGCUCUGCCGGCCUCAGGGAAACUCUUUAGGCUCCCUGAAGUCUCCAUUCAUAGAGGAGCAGCUGCAUACUGUGCUGGAGAAGAGUCCAGAGAACAGCCCCCCAGUGAAGCCCAAGCAUAACUAUACCCAGAAGGCCCAACCUGGCCAACCUCUGCUGCCAACCAGCAUCUACCCUGUACCUUCCCUGGAGCCACACUUUGCCCAGGUGCCUCAGCCUUCUGUGAGUAGCAACGGUCUGGUGUACCCUGCACUGGCCAAGGAGAGUGGAUAUAUAGCCCCUCAGGGAGCGUGCAACAAGAUGGCUACCAUUGAUGAGAAUGGGAACCAGAAUGGAUCUAGCAGGCCUGGGUUUGCCUUUUGCCAGCCCUUAGAACAUGACUUGCUGUCCCCAGUGGAGAAGAAACCAGAAGCUACAGUCAAGUAUGUCCCCUCCAAAGUCCAUUUUUCUUCAGUGCCUGAAAAUGAGGAGGAUGCCUCCCUGAAGAGACAUCUCACACCUCCCCAAGGCAACAGCCCACAUUCCAAUGAGAGAAAGAGCACCCACAGCAACAAACCAUCUUCUCAUCCCCACAGCCUCAAAUGCCCUCAGGCUCAGGCCUGGCAAGCGGGUGAAGACAAGAGAUCUUCCAGGCUCUCAGAGCCUUGGGAGGGUGAUUUCCAGGAAGACCACAAUGCCAACCUCUGGAGGAGGCUGGAGAGAGAAGGCCUAGGCCAGAGCCUGUCAGGCAACUUUGGCAAGACCAAGUCAGCCUUCUCAUCUCUCCAGAACAUUCCUGAGAGUCUGAGAAGACACAGCAGCCUGGAGCUAGGCCGGGGAGCCCAGGAGGGUUACCCAGGAGGCAGGCCCACCUGUGUAGUCAACACCAAGGCAGAAGACCCUGGGAGGAAAGCCGCUCCUGACCUUGGGAGCCAUCUGGACCGGCAGCUUUCCUACCCGCGGCCCGAGGGGAGGACCGGUGCCUCGGCCUCUUUCCACAGCACAGACCCAAGGCCUGAAGAGCUGCCUGCCGCCUCGCACCUGCACACAUCCAGUCUCGGCCGGAGGGGGCCCGGCCCAGGCAGCGCCUCGGCUCUUCAGGGCUUUCAGUACGGGAAGCCCCACUGCUCGGUGCUGGAGAAGGUCUCCAAAUUCGAGCAGCGAGAGCAAGGGAGCCAGAGACCCAGUGUAGGCGGCUCCGGUUUUGGCCAGAACUAUAGGCCCCACAGGACAGUCUCAACUUCCAGUACUUCUGGGAAUGACUUCGAGGAGAUAAAAGCCCACAUCCGUUUCUCUGAGUCAGCUGAACCCCUAGGCAACGGGGAGCAGCACUUCAAAAACGGGGAGCUGAAGUUGGAAGAGGCUUCCCGGCAGCCCUGUGGUCAGCAGCUGAGCGGAGGAGCCUCGGACAGCGGCCGUGGCCCCCAGAGGCCGGAUGCUCGGCUCCUCCGCAGCCAGAGCACCUUCCAGCUCUCCAGCGAGCCAGAGAGGGAGCCCGAGUGGCGGGACAGGCCCGGCUCACCCGAGUCGCCCCUGCUGGAUGCCCCCUUCAGUCGCGCCUACCGGAACAGCAUCAAGGAUGCACAGUCUCGUGUCUUGGGGGCCACUUCCUUUCGACGCCGAGACCUGGAGCUGGGGGCGCCUGUGGCAUCGAAGUCCUGGCGGCCGCGGCCUUCCUCUGCCCACGUGGGGCUGCGGAGCCCCGAGGCGCCGGCUUCCGCCUCCCCGCACACGCCCCGGGAGCGGCACAGUGUGACCCCUGCGGAGGGCGACCUGGCCAGGCCCGUGCCCGCUGCCGCCCGGAGAGGGGCUCGCCGGCGCCUGACUCCCGAGCAGAAGAAGCGCUCCUACUCCGAGCCCGAGAAGAUGAACGAGGUGGGGGUCGCGGAGGAGGCCGAACCAACACCCCUGGGCCCGCAGAGGAAUGGGAUGCGUUUCCCGGAGAGCAGCGUGGCCGACCGGCGCCGCCUCUUCGAGCGCGAUGGCAAGGCCUGCUCCACGCUCAGCCUGUCGGGGCCCGAGCUGAAGCAGUUCCAGCAGAGCGCCCUGGCCGACUACAUACAGCGCAAGACCGGCAAGCGGCCUACCUCCGCCGCCGGCUGCAGCCUCCAGGAGCCCGGGCCACUGCGCGAGCGCGCCCAGAGUGCCUACCUCCAGCCUGGCCCCGCGGCGCUCGAACCCUCCGGCCUCACCUCAGCCUCCAGCUUGAGCUCGCUGCGGGAGCCCAGCCUGCAGCCCCGCAGGGAGGCCACACUCCUGCCAGCCACAGUUGCAGAAACCCCGCAGGCUCCCCGAGAUCGCAGCAGCUCCUUUGCCGGUGGCCGCCGCCUCUGGGAACGGCGACGCGGGGACCCACAGGUCCCAAGGGAGCUGCUCGGUGGAGCAAACGGUGGAACAAGGGGCACCCAGAGAGUGGAUGAGACCCACAGGGAGCCAUCCUCCUGGGGGGCCAGGGCUGGGAAGUCCAUGUCAGCUGAGGACCUGCUGGAACGCUCAGACGUCCUCGCCGGCCCUGUCCACGUGAGGUCCAGGUCAUCUCCCGCCACUGCGGACAAGCACCAGGAUGUGCUUUUGGGGCAAGACAAUGGCUUUGGUCUUGUGAAGGAUCCAUGUUAUUUGGCUGGUCCUGGAUCUAGGUCACUCAGUUGUUCAGAAACAGGCCAAGAAGAGAUGCCGCUGCUCUUCCACCAUCCCACCCCUCGUUGGGGUGGUUCAGGUUGCAAAGCCAUUGGUGAUUCCUCCGUUCCUAGUGAAUGUCCUGGAACCCCGGACCAUCAGAGGCAAGCCAGCAGGACACCCUGUCCCAGGCCACCACUGGCAGGAACGCAAGGGCAGCUCACAGACACCAGGGCUGCACCCCUGACCCCACUUGGCACCCCUCUGCCUUCAGCUGUUCCCUCUGGCUACUGCUCACAGGAUGGUCAGACAGGGCGACAGCCUCUCCCGCCCUACACCCCUGCCAUGACCCACAGAAGCAAUGGUCACACCCUGACCCAGCCUCCCGGUCCAAGAGGCUGUGAGGGUGAUGGCCCAGAGCAUGGGGUAGAAGAGGGAACGAGGAAGAGGGUCUCACUGCCUCAGUGGCCACCGCCUUCUCGAGUGAAGUGGGCCCACGCAGGCAGAGAGGACAGCCUUCCUGAGGAAUCCUCAGCCCCUGAGUUGGCAAACCUGAAGCACUAUCAAAAACAGCAGAGUCUUCCAAGUUUGUGCAGCACUUCUGACCCAGACACGCCUCUUGGGACCCCGAGCACUCCAGGGAGGAUCUCCCUCCGAAUAUCUGAAUCCGUCCUGCGGGACUCCCCGCCACCUCGCGAGGAUUAUGAAGACGAAGUGUUUGUGAGGGAUCUGCACCCCAAGGCCACGUCCAGCCCCACGUUUGAAACUCUUCCCCCACCCCCACCUCCUCCACCAAGUCAGGAAACCCUGGUGUAUAGCAUGGAUGACUUCCCUCCACCUCCUCCCCACGCAGUGUGUGAGGCGCAGCUGGACAGUGAGGAUCCUGAGGGGCCGCGCCCCAGCUCCAACAAACUUUCUAAAGUGACAAUUGCAAGGGAAAGGCACAUGCCUGGUGCAGCUCAUGUGGUAGGUAGUCAGACACUGGCUUCCAGACUCCAAACUUCUAUCAAGGGUUCAGAGGCUGAGUCCACACCACCCUCCUUCAUGAGUGUUCACCCCCAACUUGCUGGGUCUUUUGGUGGGCAGCCAGCACCCAUCCGGACUGAAAGCCUCACCCAUGAUCCAGUCAAUGGAACUCAGGGUUUAGAAAAGAAAGUCAAUUCUGAUCCUCAGAAGAGCUCAGAAGACAUUAGAACAGAGGCUCUGGCCAAGGAAAUUGUCCACCAAGACAAAUCUCUGGCAGACAUUUUGGAUCCAGAUUCCAGGCUGAAGACAACAAUGGACCUGAUGGAAGGUUUGUUUCCCCGAGAUGUGAACUUGCUGAAGGAAAACAGCGUAAAGAGGAAGGCCAUACAGAGAACCGUCAGCUCUUCCGGAUGUGAAGGCAAGAGGAAUGAAGACAAGGAAGCAGUGAGCAUGUUGGUCAACUGCCCUGCCUACUACAGUGUGUCUGCUCCCAAGGCUGAGCUGCUGAACAAAAUCAAAGAGAUGCCAGCAGAAGUGAAUGAGGAAGAGGAACAGGCAGAUGUCAAUGAAAAGAAGGCUGAGCUCAUUGGAAGCCUCACCCACAAGCUGGAGACCCUCCAGGAGGCGAAGGGGAGCCUGCUGAUGGACAUCAAGCUCAACAACGCUCUGGGAGAAGAGGUGGAGGCUCUGAUCAGCGAGCUCUGCAAGCCCAAUGAGUUUGACAAGUAUAGGAUGUUCAUAGGGGAUUUGGACAAGGUGGUCAACCUGCUGCUCUCCCUCUCAGGGCGUCUAGCCCGUGUUGAGAAUGUCCUUAGCGGCCUUGGUGAAGAUGCCAGUAAUGAAGAAAGGAGCUCUCUCUACGAGAAAAGGAAGAUCCUGGCUGGUCAGCAUGAGGACGCCCGGGAGCUGAAGGAGAACCUGGAUCGCAGGGAGCGGAUAGUGCUGGGCAUCCUGGCCAAUUACCUUUCAGAGGAGCAGCUCCAGGACUACCAGCACUUCGUGAAAAUGAAGUCCACGCUCCUCAUCGAGCAGCGGAAACUGGACGACAAGAUCAAGCUGGGUCAGGAGCAAGUCAAGUGUCUGCUGGAGAGCCUGCCCUCAGAUUUCAUUCCCAAGGCUGGGGCCCUGGCUCUGCCCCCAAACCUCACGAGUGAGCCCACUCCUGCUGGGGGCUGUACUUUCAGUGGUGUUUUCCCAACAUUAACCUCUCCACUUUAACCUCUUCUAAAAUACCCAACCAAAAGAUCACUGUUUCUCUCAACACUAUUUAAUCUGAAAAAUGUUUCAGUACAAACCACUGUUUGAACUAUCUGGGUUACUGGUGUUUGUUCUGGAUGAAAGGAACAAAAUUCUCUCCAGGAGGAAGCCUUUUUCCUUCUUGCCCUUCCUGAUUGAUCUUCUGAGAGCUCGAAUGCUGCUGGACACGUACCCCUUUCUAUUAUUACUUUGUAGUAGAAAGAAAGUUAAUGAAACUGAGAACUGAUUGGAGGGUGUUUGAUCAUUUAGCUUUUAACAGGCUGAGGCAACAUGGAUCAGUGUGUGUCCCCCUCAGGAAUGUAUCCACAGUGGCCUUCCUUGCUGGUGGGCAGUGUAUCCUGAUGGCAGGGUACAAGUACCAUUAAUGAAGUGUCUGCAACAUAAAGCCUUAAAAAGACACACACUAAGAAAACUGUAAAACCUUGAACAUUGUUAUUUAUAUUUUUUAAAAUGGGAAAGAUCAUUAUGUUUGUUGUGCUAACCACUUACUUGAUUCUGUUUUGUGGUGGACGUAGACGAUUACGUUUGAGCUUUGUAUUUUGUGAAAACCUUAAUGAAAUGAAUUCCAAAGAUAGUCACGUUGAGCGUGCAGACUUUUUCUUAACAUUCCUGUCUUAUUUUUACAAACACAAGCAGGCAUUCUGCACUUCCACUGGACCGAGUAUGGAGGAGUCCUGUUCCCCUGCUCUUUUCCUGUAUCACACCUUCCCCAGGAGGAAGGCCUCAUGCACUGCGGUUAUUGCAUCAUUUCCUAGUGCUUCAUGUCAUUAUCACUGGUGGGGAAACAAAGCUAAAUUUUAUUAAGAAAGACAACAACUCUCAGACCUAUAUCAUAGGAGGAGGACAUCCAGAAUCCAACAAAAUUCAAAACCCAUGCUGUUCUCCUGAACAAGGUUUGGGCUAAACACAGCCUGUUUAUUGAGACUGUUUUAAUGAUGCUUUAAAAAAAAAAGUUUUCUAAAACGUCAAACCUGUCAACCACACUUUGAUUAAGAACUCCCUCCUUAACCUCUGAAGACUGAUUUUGCUUUAUGGUGUUUCAAUAAUAACGUUUCAGAGAUUACUCUGUAACUCCAGUUGUAAGCCUAUAGAAACGAAGUGGAAGGCUGAGGAGUUAUGGGCUGGCAGCCAGGCUAUGUUUACAGCUACUGGAGAUAGCAGUAGCCUAAUACUUUGAGCAGAUGGUACAUCCUAGGCUGUGCUGUAGGUAGAUUUGUUAUUUCACGUAUGAUCUGUGGCUGGUGGCCACCUUUGUUGAUUUGGGCUUACGAGUUUCAUGGUAGCCAGUGUUAGAAAAUUGGGGGAGUAAAAUUUUGCAGUAAAAAAAAUGACAAGGGAACCAAAUGUCCCUUCUCCCCUUAGUACAUUUUAAUUACUUAAUGAAGUUUUAUCUCCUAGGUAAGAAUAUCAAAAUUAUAGUUUGGGUCUCCAGUAGAGAUGUGUUUUGAUUAACUUAUAAACAACUGGCCACCCAGAAGUUUCCUUUGCAUAGUCAACCAAAGCUAUGGCUUUGUUCUUUGGAGCUUAUAUACUGUGUGACUCCAUUGAUACAAAUAAGACAGCACCUUGGUUUUCCAGGGGUGUUUUCAUUCAGAGGUCCUGUCUCCCAGGGAAGCAGUAGAACCAGUGACAGCAUUCAAUAGCCACACUGCAUGGUCAUCAGUCUUAGGCCAACAUGGGCCUGAAAUUAACUCCAUCAGUAACUACCUGUGUGUCUUGCUGAUACUGAAUGAGCCCUCACAAGCCACGCCAGGUGGAAGCCAGUCAGCAAACACCUACAGCUAUUCUUAGUGAAAUUCCUCAGAGGAAUCCAGGGGGCUCCCAGUUCCCAACACUCUUCAAGAUUACCAUUUUUCACAAUUUGACUGGGGAACAUUUUACAUAUUCAGUCUUUCUCAAUAACUUUUAUUUAUUUUCUUGAGAAAGGGUCUUACUGUGUUGCCCAGGCUGGAGUGCAGUGGUGUGAUCACAGCUCAUUGCAGUCUCAGCUUCUGAGGCUCAAGCCAUCCUCCCAUCUCAGCCUUCCGAGUAGCUGGGACCACAGGUGUGCACCACUAUGCCUUGCUAAUUUUUUUAUUUUUUUGUAGAGACGGGGGUCUUGCUAUGUUGCCCAGGCUGGUUUCAAACUCCUGGGCUCAAGGGAUCCUACCACUUUGACCCCAGAAGUGCUGGGAUUACAGGCAUGAGCCACUGCACCCGCCACUUUUCUAAUUUAUAGACGUAAAAGUAAUUGACUCCCACAGCACAGUAACAGGCAAUGCUGCUUGGCAUGCCACAAACAUCAGAAAGCUUGUGACAUUCCUAGGAUUGUAUCCAUUCUUUCAUUACAUGGAAACAUUGUUCUGUUAUGUGAAAUGGGUAAGGCACCAAGUGAGACUUUGAAAUACAAUUUUUAGGUGAAUGUGAUAUUUAUUGUAGUAGGACUUGACCUCUGUGCUUUAAAGAAAUCACUAACCAAAAUUUCAAAGUUUCAUUUUAAAUGCGUUUAGCUAGAAAUCUAUGUAUUUAUCCCUUUCCCAUUUUGCAUUCUUCUCCCACUAUUUUUAAAAUGUCAUUUACAGUAGAAACCAUCCUUCUUUCUCCCAACAGUAUCCUUUGCCAAGACCAUGAAAACAGUCAGGAGCAUGUUGGUGGUCAGGGUUUCAGAACACGUGUGAUGUCGCUGAGAAUGUUUGUUCACAGUCAAUAAUUGUCUCUGUGGAUGUGAUCAUUUUGGAGAUAUACUUCUGGUCAGAAGUCAGGUGAGAUAAUCUUGCAAUACUCCAAAUGCAGAUACUCUAGCCACCUGCAAGGUUCCAGGAAAGGACAAUGUCCUGCGAGAAAAUCAGGAGGCCUCCACUUCCUGGGCCACUUGAAAAGUUCCUGGGCACGUCACUACAUGUUGGCUGACUCAGCCAUUUCUCAUGCUGUUUUGUUUCUUGCGGUGGCCACUUAACCCCAAAGAAUGAAGGGAGGAUCCACAGUGAAAGUGCCUGAGUUUCUCUACGAGACGAGACGGUGUCGAAACCAAACAUCUUUUCCUUUGCUGUAGGGGAACAUUUUAGGGUUUGUUUUGCACAGCUGGUUUCCAGACUAGAAGAUUAACAAGUGUGGAUCCACCCCUAAGAAUCAGUGGCUGUCUUUUAAGGUGAGGAGUGUGGGCUUAACUGAGGUCCUUUGAGGGAGCUAUAAAGGAGCAACAGCCUGGGACAUCCCAGUUUUCCUAUUCCUCCACUGUUAAUAUCUCACCUAAAAUAAUUCAUGAGUUUAAAUGGUAAAUAUAUGCUUUAAGCUCUACCUUUAAACUCGUAUGUUAUUCAGGCAUCUCUUAUUAAGAUACUGGGUCUCUGGAUACCCAGGGAAAUGUUGGCUUUUUAUUCUUACAUGGUUCCAAAUUUACUUGUCUUCAGUUUAAUUGUCCAUUUUAGUGCUGGCUUCAUUGUUAGGUUGGAGUUAUUAUUUUCCUUUUGGAACAACAUGAGUUUUAUUCACCUUACUAUUAGAAAAAGGAAGAACUACAGCCAGAAAUAACUUCAUUUCCUAACAAGGUAUAAAAAGUGGUCAGGUGAAUGUCAAUGGGCUCUUCUACACAGGAAUAGAUUAUUGGAAUAAAGUAUUUCCUGCUGCCUUAACUCUUUGGGAUGCAUAGGAUAAAAUUAUAAAGACCAUUUUAAUAUCAGAAAGGGUUGUCUUACUAAUUUCUAAAUAAAACUUCACAUUUCUUAAUGGGGAGCUCAUUCAGAAACGAAAUCUUGGUUUCUCAAAGUGUGGUCAGGAUACCAUCUGCAUCAGAAUCCUUGGAAUGCUUGUUAAAAAUUCCAAUUGCUAUGACAUAACCAAGUCUGCUGGAAUCUGCAUUUCGGCAAGUUUCCCAUGUUAUUCUGAUGUAUUUUAACAUUUGAGAGCCACUGCCAAUCAUCUGUACAGUUCCUACUGUUAUGAUCACAAUAAGACUAACAUGAAUUUAAUAAUCUGAAUAAUUUUUUAAAUUUAAAUAAAAAACUGAGAAAUUGAAGUUAAUUUAAAAAUAAAAAUAACCUUAGAA